AUGUAUCUGGGCCGCUUCCCAGACUAUGCCAUGCUUAGCGGUGUCCGUUUGCCCAAGCUGUACAGCAGCGAAGCCUGUGCUCAGAGGUCAGCCCUAAGCAAGCUGGAUCCCGAUUACUGGAUCGAACUGGACCGAGAUUAUAUGUUACGCGUUCGGCAGAGGCAGGAGCUUUACAUGCGUCACGGUAAAGCGGUCCUGGACUAUCUUCCAGGAUCCGAACAUGCUUGCCGAGAAUUGAUGGAGAUGGUAGUGCAGUUUCUUUGUGCGCGAUAUCCCCACUAUUUCCAGCUUCUCAACGAUCAGUCUCUCUUACGGAACAAUAUCAUCGGAACCGAGACCGACCUCCGCCUCAUCCAUCCUCUACAUGUUCUUUUGAAUAACGUUCCUGAAGAUUUUGCCAUCAUGUUGAGGGACCCAGAAACGGGAGCAUAUGUCUUCCGGGCUGGUGUUAUAUGUAGCUCUCUUGGCUGGUCCCUUGGGGUUAAAAUGGGCAAGAAUAUAGACGAGAUCCAUGAGCCAGUUCCUGACUACGAGGAGAAAUUGCAAUUCUCUAUGAAUAGGCCCAUCCAACGCGGAUCAUGGGGGAUCGAGAUUGAUCAACCUGUCCACAUGCCCCCUGGAGAUCCUAUCGCCCUUCGCCAUGAAACGCAAAACCCAGAUAUUGCGCUAGACCGAUACCACCUCCGCGUUGACUGGCAGACUCUCCGACGACUCCCGGUAUCCGCUGCUGUGGUGUUCAACUUCAAGGUGUUGUUCACUCCGGUGACCCAAUUCCAGAAUGAGCCGUACAUACCUUCCCUCUUUCUGAAGAACUACAGAGAGGCCAAGCCGGGUCUGUUGAAGCACAAGAAUACAUGGCAUACAGAGGCGACUGUUCUGCCUGCAUUGGAGCUCUGGGAGAGGGAGCAGAAAGAACAAGGCAUUAUCCCCAGAAAUUGGCAACCUGCCACCUUGGAUGACUACCCUUACUACCCUGGAUGGGAAGAGCGUUGGAAUGCAACUCAGAGUGUCUAG